AUGCAGAGCUUGCUACGUCCUCUCGUGACUAUUCUAAUACUCUUUGGUUUUGCCUCGAGCAAGAAAGGCACACAAAACUAUCACAAAGACGUGGUAGACCGUCUGGCUGAGCAAGGCUUGUCUAACUUGGCUCAUUAUCUUCAGGAACACCCGGCACCGGGCGGAUGCAACCUCGAGACGGCCGCGAGGCGUUAUGAAUGGGGCGACCUCAGCAAUGGCGAGCGCUCAGAGUACAUCGACGCUGUUCUAUGUCUGCAGUCACUGCCGCCGAGAUCAGAUCCCGGUGCCGUUCCGGGUGCACGGAGUAGAUUCGACGAUUUCGUAGCGGUGCACAUCCAGAUGUCCGGGCAAACUUCCUUACUUGGCAUCGGUACUUUGUUUGGUUGUACGAGAAAGCGCUCAGAGAUGAGUUACUGGAACUGGGGCCGCUAUGCCUCUUCUCCCCUGGAUUCGCCCAUCUUCGACGGAAGCGCAACCAGCCUGUCCGGCAACGGGAUCUUCUCGCCGUACCCCGGGCUACAGCUGCCGCUCUAUCCACCACCUUACAACGUGAUCCCGCCAGCCGAGGGCGGCGGUUGCGUGACCACGGGGCCAUUUGCCAACAUGAGCGUUAACCUGGGCCCCGUAUUCGCGGGGCUGCCAGACGUGCCGGCCAACCCGCAGGCCGACGGGCUGGGCUACAACCCGCGCUGCCUGCGGCGCGAUGUCAACGUCCACGCCGCGCGCGAGACAGCGGUCAACUACACAGAGCGGCUGAUUGAGGACAGCCCUGAUGUACUCACGUUUCAGACAGUCAUGAACGGGCGCGCGGAGCUCGGCGAGUGGGGCGUCCACACGGCUGGCCACUUCACCAUCGGCGGCGACCCCGGGGGUGACUUUUUCGUGGCGCCCGGAGAUCCGGUCUUCUACCUGCAUCAUGGCAUGAUCGACCGGGUAUACUGGAUCUGGCAGAUGCUCGGGGAGGGAGAUGAAGGGCUGGAGAGGAGGCUGAGAGAUGUGGGCGGCACCAUCACGCCUGGAAACAGCCCGCCUAGCCGCAAUGGAACGGCAGAUGACGUGUUGGACCUAGGGGUGCUCGGGGAAAGUGUCCGGCUGGGUGAUGCGUUGGACACCAUGGGUGGGAUCGACGGGGCUUUCUGCUAUGUGUAUGUCUGA